UAAAAAGACGUAGCAAGAGCUGGGGAAGGAAAGCUGAGAGGCCGGGACACCCAACCCCAUCCAGCCUCUAUCACCGCUUUGUUCCAUAUUUAGCCCCCGACAACUGCCCGUAGCUCAGGAACUCCCAGCUCUGUUUUUUCCCUCCCCCUGCUCUCCCCGAGCUUUCUGAAAUCGCUUUUUCCCAGUGGCUGUAACCGACUGUCCUUAUAGCAGAGAAGAUGGCAGAAAAGCAGGAGGAGCCCAGCAACACCCAGAAUGGAGAACCUGACAACGCGGAGGAGGGCGAGGGGAAAAAGAAGAAGAAGGUGAAAAGGGAAGAUCUGCCGCCGUUUGAAAUCGUGACAGGGGAACGCCUCCCAGCCAUAUUUUUCAAGUUCCAGUUCAGGAACGUGGAAUACAGCUCAGGCAGGAACAAAACCUUCCUGUGCUACGUCCUAGAGACCCAAGGCAAAGAGUCAACGACUUCGCGGGGUUACCUGGAAGAUGAACACGCAGCCUCCCAUGCAGAAAUCGCUUUCUUUAACACCAUUUUGCCCAAGUGUGAAUCAAGCGUCCGCUACAACAUCACCUGGUACGUCUCCUCCAGCCCCUGCGUGGCCUGCGCUGAUCGGAUAAGUGAGACCCUAAGGAAGAACAAGAACCUGCGCCUGACCAUCAUGGUAGGACGCCUCUUCAUGUGGGAAGAGGCAGAAAUGCAGGCUGCCCUGAAAAAGAUGAAGUCUGCUGGCUGCAAGCUGAGGAUUAUGAAGCCUCAAGACUUUGAGUACGUCUGGCAGAACUUUGUGGAACAGGAAGAAGGAGAGGAAGCAAAAGCUUUCGUGCCAUGGGAGGACAUUCAAGAGAACUUCCAGUACUACGAGGAGAAGUUGGCUGAGAUUCUGCAGUGAAGCUCACGCCCAUCUCAGGAAAGAUCUGCACAGAGACACAACAGACUCAGACAUCUGGGACAUGCCUGCUUCCCACAGCUUUGAAUCCAGCAGAUGCAGCACCAGCUUCUGGAAUGUUAGGCCCCAAUGGACUACAAAUACAUGUACAACAGCUCUUCAGUGUUUGGAAUCUUUGGUUGUUCCUCUCCACUUCCCUCCCCCCCAAAACAAACCUAUGUUGCCACUGCUGACAGGAAAAGUGCUGUGGUUAAAGCCUUGAAUGAGAUGCAUUGCAGUGGAGCCACAGGAAAGAGCUUAGACCUCACAUACCAGGAUUACUCUGAGAUAAAAGACUGUAGAACAAAGCUUCUGAUUUGAUAAACUCAUUUACAAAACACAUGCUUCAUCAGUAUUAAAAAGAAGAUAAAUAAAGUUCUAUUCCUCUGUCCUCCUCAAUAACCGCAAUUUAAAUUACAGUUGAUUUCUUAAUUCUACAAUUAUGAUGGAGCCCCAAAUACUUGAUUUCAAAUGCAUCAGAUACAGUUUUCCCCUUGUUCAGUAUGUCUGUGAUAUAAACCUGGGCUAAAAAAUGAAAUAAAAUUGGAGCCCGCUGAAGGAAUAAAGCAGCGUUACAGCGUUA